AUGUCUUUGCCAAAAGAGUGGAAUCUCCAGGCAUCGCAGGUCUGUCUCGAUAAACCUGCUCGACCUCAGAGUCUCGUAUCUGACGAUAUUGAGAUACAGCAGCAGUAUGAGAACAAGUUCCUUCAUGCUAUCUAUCAUCCGUCGAUUCCUGACCACUGCCGGGCACCGCUUAAUGCAGCUCUGCUGGCCGAAUGCGAAAACAACAGUGGUUCGCUGUACUCGAUCCAGUCAGCCCCUGUUGUGCCGACGGCCACUGCCGGUGGCAUCGAUGGCAUCGACGGAGGACCGGAUGCUCGGUUGCCCGCUGAUCCGAUGGGACUGGAUGUCCUUCUGGGGGACCGACAGCAGCGAGAUUCCUACCCUGGGGCGGGAAGCACCAUCGGCCCGCUUGGCAACGUUACUUUCAAGGAGGACCACAAAGAUACCUUACUACGCCCUUCGUCUUUGGCGGUCGAUACGUGUUUUCAUGCAAAUAAACCCCAACACGUUGAAGCGCAACUUUCUACAGAAUUGGACGAAGACGACAAUGAAAAUCUGUUGACUGUCUCAAGUCUAACUGCAAGGCCAUUGAUUGCAAAGUCUCGUGAGAUUAGAAGCAAAAAAGAAAAGCUUCAACUGAGACGACGGAAGGUGAUCUGUACCGAAACGAGCAGCGAAGACGAUGACGACAGUCCACCGGACGGUGGCUACGGGUGGAUCAUUGUGUUUGGCGCCUUUUCGGUGCAGUUUUGGGUGGCCGGCUUGGUCAAAUCAUACGGUGUAUUGUACGUGGAAAUUAUGGAAAGCUUUCCGAACUCGUCGGCAACCACGGCCUCGUGGAUACCGGCCAUCUUGUCCGCUUUGUGCUUAGCUUUAGCUCCGGUGUCUAGCGCUCUGUGUCAACGCUUUUCCUGUCGUAUAGUCGUUAUCAUCGGUGGUGUCUUCUGUGGGCUCGGACUCACGUUGAGCUACUUCGCCACCAGUAUGUACCACUUGCUGUUUACCUUUGGAAUUUUGACCGGGAUCGGCGGGGGACUGUCCACCACGCCCGGUAUCGUCAUCGUGUCGCAGUACUUUGAAAAGCGACGCGCACUUGCCAAUGGAAUUACGAUUUCCGGAACGGCCGCUGGCAGUUUCAUAUUUCCCACUCUGAUCGAGCGAUUGAUACAUUCAUUCGGAUUCCAUGGAACUUUACUGAUUCUGGGAGGUUGCAUGCUGCACGUGUGCGUGUCCGGAGCCCUCUAUCGGCCGGUCGAUGAGUACGCCCAGAAGAAGCCAAUUCCAUCGAAGGAAAGCGGCUCUUAUUCAUCACGAUUCGAUUUCAAAGAAAAUCUGGGCCAUCUCAGCUCAUCGGAGGACCACCUAAGCCGGCGCUGCCUGGAGGACCUCUUCCUGGAUGACGCCAUCCGUGACAAGAACCGUAACAGUCUCAAUCUUGACAGCAAAUUCGUGAACGUAACGGAGAAAACGCUCCAAGAAAGCGAAGACGAACUGAAAGACAUUAUCUCGAAUGCGAUCUUUCUGAAACCGAUCGCAUCGAUCAGAAGCUGUAGCAUACUGCACUCGGUCGAAGAUCUUAGCACCGAUUCCACCUGCGUGUACAAGAACCGUGCCAGCGGUUACGAUUCGCACCGCAACAGCAAGCGCGUCAAGCAAGUUUUGCAACAGCAACAGCAGCAGCAGCCACAAAAUACCACUCUACCACCUAAAACGGAACAACCACCGCAACUGCAGGGACUACUGGAGCUGGGCAGCGAACUGGCCGUGAAUAAGCUCCCGUUGGAUAACCCUACUACCGUGCCGCCUCUAAGUAACCAGAGCAACAACAACAACAACAACAGUUCAUCGCUAUCGCAGAACAACAAUCGAGGCUUGAGCAAAAGCAUGAUCAUACCGACGCCCGUUGGGGAUUUGUCCAACAUAUUUGAUGAGGAUUAUGUCGAAUACAGCCGGGGACUGUUGGAGAAGAUUAGUCGGUACCUGGACAUAUCACUACUACAAGAAAUCACGUUCAUUCUCAUGUGCCUGUCCGUGACCCUGAUGUCGGUCGGAUGUCCAUACAUGCUGUACUACCUACCGGCGUAUGCGAUUUCCGCAGGUUAUACAAAAUCGGAAGCAGGAUACCUGGUAGCGGUUAGUGCAGCACUCGACUUAAUUGGACGGUUGGCUCUGGGAUGGCUUUCCGAUUUAGAUUUGUUUGAUCGCAAAAAGGCUUACAUUGUUUGCAUUCUGGGAGCCGGUUCGGCUGUGCUUACAAUCGCCACCACAAAAGCGUGGCUCAUGAUCGUGUGCUGCGCCGGAUGCUAUGGACUGUGCCUGGGAAGUUGGUACUUGCUGAUGCCUGUUUUGCUGACCGAUCUGUUUGGAACCGAACGAAUCAGCUCCAGCUACGGGCUGGUGCGGAUGUUUCAAAGUGUUGGCGCUAUCUCGGUGCCACCAUUAGCAGGCCUUCUGCGGGAUUUGUCCGGUGGCUACGAGAUCUGUUUCUACUGCAUGGGUGUGUGCAUGGUGCUCGGGAGUGUACCGUUGGUUGUGGUCAUUGUGAAGGACACACUAGCGCUAAGCGACAACAAGCUGACCAUGGAUCGUGUGGCUUAGAGAAGGAAGAAAAAGAGGGAA